AUGUGCCGACAAUCCUUAGACACCAAUAUAGCCCGACCUACUAACUACGCCGCACAAGCCGCGAAUGCCCAGGAAUACCGCCGCCGAUUUAAAGGAAUACCAGGCGGCAGUGAAAGUAAGCCUACGGCUUUUGGGGGAGAGGACGGAGAGGAAUGCGCAGGCAGAGGCCGAGUUGGUGGGGUUACAGAAGCGUGCAGCGGAGGGAACCCGAAUUUUCUGCUAUCUACACCAGCAAGACGGGCAGCUACACGAACAUUUACCACAAUACGUCCAUGUCCCCGAGGCGUAUCAAAUAGCAUUGUAGCAUCAUGCUGCCAACUAUGGAGACUAAGGCUCUCCAGAAACCGAUGUUUCUGCCACCUACACCGGCCAAGACGGGCGGUUACACGAACAUUCAACACAAUGCGUCUAUGUUACAUAGACGUAUUGUGGCGCCAACUAUCGGUACAAGAAAAAAUUGGCGCUGGUCGGCACAAGAGAGAUAUUAAGAAACAGCCGAAAGAUGCUAAGGAGGAGUUGAAGGAGGCUGGGGAGGCAACAGCAAGAAUUCUGGCGGGGGAAGUACUGAGCAAUCUAGCUCUUUGA